UACCUAUCAAUUAGCUAGUUUCGCAAAAGGCAAGUUUCUUUCUUGUCUUUUUUUAAAAUUUAAAAAGAAGAGCAUUAUUAUUUUGCUGAAAAAAAGAAAAUUUCGAAAAGUCGCCUAGUUUAAAAAUAUAAAAGAAAAUAUGAAAUUAUCAUUAAUUUCAUUAGCUUUUGCUGUGCUAGCAUUGGUGGAUUACACUUCGGCUAGCGUUUGCAGUGCGGAUAAUGUUGGACAACGUAUUGCGUUGCCAACAAGUUGUUCGAAAUUUCUCGUUUGUUCUCGUAAUCGUCGCGUUAUUGUAAGAGAAUGUCCCAAAGGUUUACACUUCAAUCGCGAAUUGGAAAUGUGUGAUUUACCUUCGAGAUCGAAUUGCAGAUAUGCGGAAGUGUUUGCUGCUACAACUCAAUGUGAAUCGUGUGAUUGUGAUGCUUGUUGCAAUGUUACAACACCAAAACCCAAUACAACGACUCCCAAACCAAAUGAGCCAGAAGUAAGCACACCCUGCGAAACGCCAGCAGCACCAACAACAACCCCAAAACCUACUACUACUCCGAAACCAACUACAACACCAAAGCCAACUACGACUCCAAAACCAACAACAACACCAAAGCCCACCACAACUCCAAAACCCACUACAACUCCCUGUGAAAGUACACCAGAACCAACUACAACUCCAAAACCAACAACAACUCCCAAACCAACUACAACUCCAAAAAAACAACAACUCCCAAACCAACAACAACUCCAAAACCCACUACAACUCCCUGUGAGAGUACACCAGAACCAACUACAACUCCCAAGCCAACUACAACCCCCAACCAACCACAACACCAAAGCCCCACUACAACUGCCCUGUGAGAGUACACCAGACCCAACUACAACUCCCCAAACCAACUACAACUCCCAAACCAACUACAACUGCCCCAACCAACCACUGACUCCCAAAACCAACCACAACUCCCAAACCAACCACAACACCAAAGCCCACUACAACUCCCUGUGAGUACACCAGAACCAACUACAACUCCCAAACCCACUCCCAACUCCACAAACCAACUACAACUACCUACAACAACUCCCUGUGAGAGUACACCUGAACCAAACUACAACUCCAAAACCAACCACAACUCCAAAACCAACUACAACUCCCAAGCCAACCACAACACCAAAGCCCACUACAACUCCAAAACCUACAACAACUCCCUGUGAGAGUACACCUGAACCAACUACAACUCCAAAACCAACCACAACUCCAAAACCAACUACAACUCCAAGCCAACCACAACACCAAAGCCCACUACAACUCCAAAACCUACAACAACUCCCUGUGAGAGUACACCUGAACCAACUACAACUCCAAAACCAACCACAACUCCAAAACCAACUACAACUCCCAAGCCAACCACACACCAAAGCCCACUACAACUCCCUGUGAGAGUACACCAGAACCAACUACUACUCCCAAACCAACUACAACUCCAAAACCAACUACAACACCAAAGCCCACCACAACUCCAAAACCCACUACAACUCCAAAACCCACUACAACUCCAAAACCAACUACAACACCAAAACUAACCACAACUCCCUGUGAAAGUACACCAGAACCAACUACUACUCCCAAACCAACUACAACUCCAAAACCAACCACUACUCCCUGUGAACAAACACCCACUCCAACACCAACUCCUACACCCACUCCAACAACUCCCUGUGGACAAACACCCACUCCAACUCCUACACCCACUCCUACUCCAACACCCACUCCUACUCCUACACCCACUCCAACACCCACACCAACACCCACACCAACACCCACUCCAACACCCACUCCAACACCCACUCCAACACCCACUCCUACACCAACUCCUACACCCACUCCAACCCCCGGUAAGGUUACCCCAACUAUACCCGGACCAACUACACCCACCGAGUGUGAAGGUGUCUGCUGCGGCAAACCAAAUGGCUCCAAGCUUCCUGGCGAUACCUGCCAACAGUUCAUCGUUUGCCAAAACAAUCAACAGGUGAUUUUCGAAUGUCCCAAUAAUCUACACUACAACUCAGCUACCGGCUCAUGUGAUUUCCCCGAAAAUGCCAAAUGCGAUAAACCCUAUACACCACCAAGUGGCCCCAGUGCCGGUCCUUCCGGUACCCAUUGUGCCAAUGGCGGUCGUUGUGUUGGAAAACCCGACGGCACCUAUUUCACCGAUGCCAAAAAUAAGUGCAGUGCCAAUUAUGUGAUCUGUCAGUGUGAAUGUGAAGUUGAACGUUCGUGCAGCAGUCCUUUGAUGUUCAACGGCAACUUGGGCGUUUGUGAUUGGCCCACAGCUUUCGGUUGUUAAACGACAAAACGAUUAAAGCGAUUUAAAUGAAUGAUGUUAAAGUAUAUCUAAUUAUUGCUCUUGUAUCUGAAACUCUGUAUGAAUUUAAAAAAAAUUACUAAUAAUAAUAAUAAUAAAUAAAUUGAAUGUUAAUUUAAA